CUACUUUAUUUUAUUUUUCUCGGUUUUUCACAGAGAGAGGAGGGAGAGAGAGAGAGAGAGAGAGAGAGAGCGAGAGAGAUGUCGAAUACGAGAAGACCUCACUUUCUUCUGGGUUUCGAUCCAUCUCUAUGCUCUGAGAGGCUGAAUAUUCCAUGUAACUUCGUAAAAUAUAUGGAUGGGAGAGCACCAGGUACAGCAGUUUUAAUCGGUCCUAGUGGGAGUAGUUGGUACAUUGACAUAAUUCUGGUCGAAAAUGAUUUACUCUUCAAUGACGGUUGGGCCGAUUUUGUUAGAGAUCACUUUCUUGAACAAGGUGAUGCUAUUGUUUUUAGAUAUGAUGGGGACUUGCAGUUUGCGGUACAAAUUUUUGACCAGAGUAUGUGCGAGAAGGAAACCGCAUUUACUGCUGUAAGCAGCCAGGAUUUAAGUAAACGUGGCAUUGAUUUUAUGAAGAAAAGGGAAAGGGAAAGACCAGAAGUCUUAGAUCGCGUCUUUGAAGGUGUUCCCAAGAAAAUGAGAUGCUCUCAAAUGCAAUGCAAGAGCACUUGCACUGAUCAUGUAAAUGGCACAAAUGCUGUCAAUAAUGCAAAAGAAUCGAUGUGGCAAGAGGAUGAAAAUAUUAACAUCGAAAAUGAUGUUACAAUUGCUUUUCCUCUUACUGCAAUUCCCCAUGAGAACCCUGAUUCAUCUGUCAGGAGUAGAGCCAAUAUGCUGUUGUCAGCUGCAGAAGCUGACAGAAUAGCCCGAUCAUUUCGAUCUUCUUUCCCCAACUUUUUAAAAGUCAUGAAAAGAUUCAACAUAAGUGGUUCUUAUACUCUGAACGUACCUUAUCAGUUUGCGACGGAACACCUUCCCAAGUGCAAAGUGAAGAUCGUGCUUCGUAAUUUAAAAGGAGAUUGUUGGACAGUAAAUUCAAUUCCUACUACAAGAGUCCAAACAUCACAUACGUUCUGUGGUGGCUGGUUGAGCUUUGUUCGUGAUAAUAGCAUUGAUAUUGGUGAUAUCUGUAUUUUUGAGCUCGUGAGCACGUGUGAGCUGCAGGUGAGAAUUAUUAGAGUAGGAAAAGGUGGGGUAGAUAUUCAGGAUGGUGAGGCAGCUAAUGGAGGGAAUAAUAAUGGUACUGCAAAUAUUAAAACUUCCAAACGCAAACUGAAGAACGUAAGUGGAACUGUCAAUAAGAGUUCUGCUCUGGCCUCUCAAUCAAAUAAUUGCAUUGUGGAAUCAGAGGCUCAAAGAUUUGGUUCCUUUGACAAACAAGGUUCUCAAACUAAAGGCUGUAUGUCUAUGAAAUCAGUACCUGAAGAGAAAAUGGCUGCUCAAUAUUUUGUAUCAAGUUUUCCUCACUUUGUGAGAGUUAUGAAGAAGUUCAACAUCAGUGGUUCUUACACCCUUAAAAUUCCUUAUCGGUUUUCAACAGAACAUCUGCCUAACUGCAAAACGGAGAUUAUUCUUCGUAAUCUGAAUGGGCAGUGCUGGACCGUAAAUUCUAUCCCCACUUUGAAGGUGCAGACAUUGCAUACUUUCUGUGGAGGAUGGAUGGGUUUUGUUCGUGACAAUGACAUCCAGAUGGGAGAUAUUUGCAUCUUUGAGCUUGUUGCAAAAUGUGAAAUGCGAGUUCACAUAUGUGGAAUUGGGAAAAAAGGGUUAAACUAUCCAAACGCGACAAAGAGUUUUCCCAUGCCAUGAUAUUUGGAGGGAAGUUCAGUUUUGAGCUUACUAUCCAGACUCGGCUCUCUGAAUAACAAGGAAAAAGAGCAGUUUUGGUUGUACUUGUACUGGAAGUUCAUCGUGGGACUAACAAGUAGAAUGAAAUUGAGAAGUUAAAUAGAUGAGAAUAUUACGUAAACUUCGGUUGAACGAAAGUUGAUUCCCCGUGUGUAAAUGAAAAUUAACUUGCCUUGGAACUUGGAAGUUGGAAACUAGGCCGAGGGUAGUUGUACUAAAUUCACCACUAUAAUCUUUUAGCUCCAUUUAUUGCUUAGCAG